AUGCCCCCGACCCCCACAGCCGCCGCAACCGGCGCCGUCGUGGCGGCGGCAUCAGCGGAGCAGGCGGCGUUCCGCCUCGUGGGCCACCGCAACUUCGUCCGCGUGAACCCGCGCUCCGACCGCUUCCACACGCUCGCCUUCCACCACGUGGAGCUCUGGUGCGCCGACGCGGCCUCGGCCGCGGGCCGCUUCUCCUUCGGGCUCGGCGCGCCGCUCGCCGCGCGGUCCGACCUGUCCACGGGGAACUCGGCGCACGCGUCCCUGCUGCUCCGCUCGGGCGCCCUCGCGUUCCUCUUCACGGCGCCCUACGCGCACGGCGCCGACGCCGCCACCGCCUCGCUGCCCUCCUUCUCCGCCGCCGCCGCGCGGCGCUUCGCGGCCGACCACGGCCUCGCGGUGCGCGCCGUCGCGCUCCGCGUCGCCGACGCCGAGGACGCCUUCCGCGCCAGCGUCGCGGCCGGCGCGCGUCCGGCGUUCGAGCCCGUCGAGCUCGGCCUCGGCUUCCGCCUCGCCGAGGUCGAGCUCUACGGCGACGUCGUGCUCCGGUACGUGAGCUACCCGGACGACGCGGACGCGCCCUUCCUGCCGGGCUUCGAGGGCGUGAGAAGCCCCGGGGCGGUGGACUACGGGCUGAGGAGGUUCGACCACAUCGUCGGCAACGUGCCGGAGCUGGCGCCGGCGGCCGCCUACUUCGCUGGCUUCACGGGGUUCCACGAGUUUGCCGAGUUCACGGCGGAGGACGUGGGCACCACGGAGAGCGGGCUCAACUCGAUGGUGCUCGCCAACAACGCCGAGAACGUGCUGCUCCCACUCAACGAGCCGGUGCACGGCACCAAGCGCCGCAGCCAGAUACAGACGUUCUUGGACCACCACGGCGGCCCCGGCGUGCAGCACAUGGCGCUGGCCAGCGACGACGUGCUCAGGACGCUGAGGGAGAUGCAGGCGCGCUCGGCCAUGGGCGGCUUCGAGUUCAUGGCGCCUCCGACGCCCGAUUACUAUGACGGCGUCAGGCGGCGCGCCGGGGACGUGCUCACGGAGGCGCAGAUUAAGGAGUGCCAGGAACUAGGGGUGCUGGUGGACAGGGAUGACCAGGGCGUGCUGCUCCAAAUCUUCACCAAGCCAGUGGGGGACAGGCCAACAUUGUUCUUGGAGAUCAUUCAAAGGAUCGGGUGCAUGGAGAAGGAUGAGAAGGGGCAAGAAUACCAGAAGGGUGGCUGUGGCGGGUUUGGCAAGGGAAACUUCUCACAGCUGUUCAAAUCCAUUGAGGAUUAUGAGAAGUCCCUUGAAGCUAAGCAAGCUGCAGCAGCUUGA